UAGAGCCUGAAGCAAAGUGAAGACUAACACAUUUCCCUCGCUUAAGCCAUUUCUGAUAUCUUUAAAGGCAAGAGAUUCACUGCAGAGCAGCAGCGUGCUGCUUCGCAGUCUGAUGUUGAGAAGAAGAACGCUUCAGAAGUCGUGGUGGAAGUUGCCAAUAACAACACUUCUGACGAUUUCGCUGAUCAGUAUGACUCUCUAGAGGAGUACAACGCUCGAUUCCCAGAGCCAACUGAAGAAGAGUACCAGACUUUGCCGAGAUCCCUGGGACAUGCUCCAUACGCAACCUACUUGAUCUGUCUGAUCGAGUUUGCAGAGAGAGCGUCAUAUUACGGAGUGAAGGGUAGAUUGAACAACUUCAUUCAACUGCCAUUGCCAGAGGGAGGAAACGGUAGUGGUGCACCACCUUCAGGUACACAGCAAAACGCUGGUGCGUUGGGUCUCGGUUUACAGACAGCCUCUGCAAUGACGCUGCUUCUCACGUUCUUUGCGUAUCUGACACCACUAUGGGGUGGAUACAUCUCCGACAAGAGAUGGGGUAGAAUGAGAACCAUCUGGUAUGGUGUCUGGGUUGGUGCCUUUUCACACAUCAUCCUUAUCAUUGCUGCUAUUCCGUCUGUGAUUAGAGGAGGCCAUGCCUUAGCACCAACCAUCAUCGCUAUCCUAUCACUUGCCCUGGGUACCGGUUUGAUCAAGCCAAACCUGUUGCCUUUGCUGUAUGACCAAUAUGCCCACAAGAGAGACGUUGUGGAGACAAGAGAGGACGGUUCCAGAGUUAUCAUUGUUAAAGAAGCAUCCUUAGAAAGAAUGACAUUGAUCUUCUAUUGGGCCAUCAAUGUUGGUGCUUUCCUGUCGUUGGCAACUUCCUACUGUGCAAAGAGAGUUGGAUUUUGGCUUGCCUUCUUGAUCCCAGGCAUUGUCUAUUUUAUCAUGGUUCCAGUGCUUUUGUUCUUGGCCCCACAUCUGAAGAAGGAGACACCCAACGGAAUCUCAAUCAUCGAAGAAGCAUGCAAGGUUUUGAAAGUGGCAUUCUCUGGUAACUUUAUCAAGAGAUUCCGAGCAAAUCAGUUCUGGGAAUACCCUAAACCACAGAAUAUGGUGGAGAGGGGUGCUAUUUCAUCAAUUGAGGAAACAAAUAAGAAGGGAAAGAAGAAAAUCACCUGGACAGACCAGUUUGUCGAAGAUGUCAGGGCCACCAUGGAUGCAUGUAAGAUCUUUCUCUUCUUUGUUAUCUAUAACAUCAACGACGGAGGUAUUGGUGGUAUUCAGAACUCUCAAGCUGCUUCCAUGACCACCAACGGCGUUCCAAACGAUUUGAUCGAUAACUUUAACCCGUUGACCAUCAUUGUUCUUAUCCCAAUCUUGAACAACGUUGUAUACCCACUUUUGAGAAGAUGGGGGAUCGAUUUUAAACCUGUGUACAGAAUCUUCCUAGGUUUCAUGCUUGCAGCCCUAUCUGCAGGUAUUGGUGCUAUUAUUCAAUGGAGAGUGUACGAAACUUCACCGUGUGGUUACCAUGCGACAGACUGUACAAUAGGAACAGGUGUAUCCCCAAUCUCGGUAUGGGUCGAGACAGUUCUUUAUGUUCUCCAGGCAAGUUCUGAAUGUUUUGCCAAUACUGCAGCUUAUGAGAUUGCGUACACCCGUGCUCCAGAUCACAUGAAGGGAUUGGUCAUGGCUCUCUUCUUGUUUAUGCAAUCCAUUUCUGCUGCUAUCUCCCAGGCAUGUGUCUCUGCCCUUAUCGAUCCUUAUCUUAUUUGGCCAUUUGUUGCUACUUGUAUUGCUGGUGUUAUCUCUGCAGUUGUCUUCUUAUGGGCAUACAAGGACUUGCACAAAGUGAUGGAGGUUGAGAGAUUGGAGAAAGAAGAGAAGCUGAGAAGAGCUUACUUAGAUCACCUGGCUGAAAAAGAAGCCAUUACUGCUGUCACAGCCAACGAUGUCAAGAGCGUAGUCUCUGAGAAAUUGGCCCUUGAGGAAGAAGUGUUGCAAGUGGAUGCGGUUACAAGCACCCUAGCUCUCAAGAAGUGAAUGAAGCUGGAAUUUGGGUACUUUGUAAUUAUAUCAGAAUUGAUACAGAUUUAUCGAAAACCAGGCAGAGUGUAGAACCAGUAACAUGAUAUAUCGACCUAG